AUGUCGAAUCCGUCCGGUCUUUCAGUCCCUAAAAGCGGCGUAUCGCGCUUCUCCAAGGCGCUGCCGACGGUGCCUGGAUUGGACGAUUAUUACACAGACGACGACGGCGAGAGUUAUAUUGGCAGCGAUAACAAUAACAACAAUACCAGCAACAACAUCAAUAGUAAUACUAGCUACAGUCGAAAGAACAGCGAGUACAGUCUCCCGGCAAGAACCUCUUCGCUGGCAUCGCCGCAGUCGACAAAAAACAUCCCCCUUCCUCCGUUACCUCCUCCGCCGACCAAGACGCUGCCGCCGACUCCCCAGACCCAGACGAAACCCGGCAGCAAAGUGAACAGCUACAGCAGUACAGCCAGCGCAAACAUCGUCGCGGGGUCUUCAAUUGCGCCCAGCACGCCUUCGUCGGCGCUGAGCCCUGGAGUUCUAAGCCUCCAGUCGCCCCCUCUGAGUGCCGGAUCCAAAAUGUCCAUCCCGCGAAAGCCCGUCGCGAACCUGAAGCUGCCGGCGCCCUCUCCGCAGUAUCUGGCGCAGCCAUCUCCCACCUUUUCUCUGUCGAGUCUUCUCUCGGCGUAUAUGGGAGAUGGCGACGAAUCGCGCAGCCCGUCUUUAUACGAGACCACGACGAGUGUUAGCGAGGUCGAUAGGCAGGAAGUCGCAGCGCCGGGUAGCGAGAAGUCGGUUGCGGCUGCGGAGGCUAUCAGUGCCAUCGCCGCAGCUACAGCUGCCUUUCCCGCUGUUCCCAGCAAGCCCAAGGCCGCAACAGGCGGCAGUGGCUCACUGCCUGCGCGCCCCAAUGCCGGCACAGGCACGGGUACAGGAAUAGGCGCUGGUGCUGGUGCUGCUGCUACCACCCAGUAUCAGCGCUCUGCUGAGCGAGAUCUCCCUCCGCCACCACCCAAAGACGACACAGCCGCAGAGCUAUCCACGCCAUCCUCUCCUCGCCCCGAGAUCUGGAAACGCCGUCCACACAUGAACCAAGCCAGCAGAGAGCUUCCCGGCCUGACGCUCGACUACAGCCACGGGUCGACUGCAGAUACGCAGCUGCCGGCAGACCAGGACAACGCCCAAGCCCCAGCCGAGACGGUCAAGGCCGCAGUGCCUCGAGCACCUCCGUUCGCCGGCGGCUUGCCUGGCCGCAACAUUCGCCCUUCGUUAGGGGCCAAGGACCAGCCGCCCCCUGCCGCGCAAACCAUGGGAAGCGAAACAUCCAAGCUGAAGCAGAUUAAAGACAGGCUUGGCUCCCAGCGCUCCGAGUCGGUAUCCAGCAAUUCUAGUGCAAAGGCUGGCUUUCCGGGGGCUCCAGCUGCUCAGCGGCCGCCAACGCCAGAAUAUCGCAAAGAAGAUGCUAAGCAACCGACCGUCGAGCCUUUUGUUUCUCCCGUUUCUCCAGCAGCGUCUCCUGAAGCUCCCAGAGGUGCCUCUCCAGACUUUGCAAAGAAUCUUCCCCCCAAGCCUCCCCAGGGUAACCAGGUUGUCGUUGCAAGCACUCAGCCUAUAUCUCGAAAAGCGAUUACAGUGUACCCCAGCCAGGAUCUAACAGCCGCCAAGGAUUCAUUUCGCCCGCCAUCUGAUGCAAAUAGCACGACUACUUCCAGCCAAGCAACCGUAUCACCAGUACUACGCAAAGGUGAUAUUGCUCCAGCACCAGCGGCUGCACCCGUGCCUGCACCUGUGGCGGCUUCUCUUCCCAACGACCCAGGAUCUGCCCGCCCACGUGUUUCGGGGGGCACAAGCACGGCUGCUGUGCAGCCACAGCCGACUGUCAUACAAACAGAUGUCUCUCAGAUAGCGAACCCUAAGCAGAGCACUCCCCAGCCAACGUCGGAUCCACGACUGCUCAAGUCGGAAACACAAGGGCUUCUCUAUCGGGGCCGUGACGGCACUUUAUAUCCUGAGAUGAAGGUCGAAGGCGAGCCUCAUCCCAAGGCCACAUAUUUCCCGACACAGACGUAUUCAAGCUUGCCCAAAGACGGAAUAAUCAAAGCGAAGCCACUCACCAACACGCAUUUUAGUUGCUUCCAACAACACAAGACCAUGAACCGCCGAAGCAACAGGAAUUGCCCGCUUACCUGCCAAGCUUGCGAUAGGGCAGAUCUUGAAGAUCGCUGGGUGUGCGCGUUCUGCCAUGUUCGAAUAUGCGACGCUUGCCAUCGCAAGUUGGGCAACUACCAAUGGGAUCUUCGCCGGUUGGUAGAUAGCCUCGCCAACGCUGGUCCCCUUUCCCAAUCCCGGCCAGACACCGCCUCAGGGCUACAGGCAACGUUAUAA